AUGUCUGACGACGGCCAGAUGGAAUUCGAGGGGGGUGACUACCAGGAGUAUGACCCGGAUACCAUGAUCCACGAAGACCACGCUGAGGGUGAAGAGGAAGAAGCCAACGGUGACGCCGACGAAAACAUGAUUGUCGAGUCUGGUGUCCCAGAAGGCGACCGUCCACGCACAGGCAAAGCCGCCAAAGCCAACGAAGUGCGCGUCACAACGCCCUACAUGACGAAAUACGAGCGAGCAAGAGUAUUGGGUACCAGGGCUUUGCAGAUCUCUAUGAACGCCCCCGUGUUGGUACCAGUCGAAGGCGAAACGGACCCGCUCGAGAUUGCGCUCAAAGAGCUGGCGGCCAAGAAGAUCCCUCUUGUCAUACGGCGAUACCUCCCCGACAACUCUUUCGAGGACUGGAAAGUCGAAGAGCUUAUCGUUCAAGAAUAA